AUGGAGGAGCAUAUUUUCGGUUCCAUCCCCAAGUCGAUUGGGGAUAAGUUCGAUGUGGUCGCAGAUGUGCUGGAUGCGGCAACAGACAGCUGUGGGCUGCGCCUGCUUCCAUUUGGGGUGGAGGGCACUUUGCUCGGCAUUGGGCUCCCCUUGCGUCGUGUUUCGAUUUACGGUUUGGAGGUUCAAGAACCUUUGGCCCCUUUCUUGCUUGAGCUCUGUGCUGGCUUUGGCGGCAUGUCCAUCGGUGCCUCCUUCUUUGGUGCUGUCCCUGUCGUCUCAGUGGAUUUCUCGCACACAGUGGCCGUGCAAGCGUCUUCGGUGGUGGACUUUGCUGAUCCCGUCCUACCGCAAUGGGGGACUUGGAGUGAGCCGGACGAAACUGAGCUCCAGUUGGACAUGGAGGAGCUCUCUCUCUACAUGGACCCCAGGGAGGUUGCCGCUUUGCUUGGUGUCCCAGACUCAGUCCUGCUUCCCUUGGGACCUCGGGAAAGCAAUUGUCUUUUGGGCCUCAUUGCGUCGCCUAUCCAGAUGGUUUGGAUCUAUGGCACCUUGGUUGAGAACUACCAAAUGGCUACUGGCUCAGAAGAGGUCCUUACGGCACUGGCCACCUUGGAGAACUAUAAACGUGAGCUGCUUCGGCAACUACAUGGGGGAUUUCCAGCUUUCGACACACCGCCUUGGCACUUCCAGCUUUGGUCCAAUGGGUCAUGCCUUGAGAUCCUGUGCAGCAGGGCUUCAACAGCAGGUUCAUUGGAAUGGGGUCAUCAUGGUCAGAUCUCCGAAGGGGGAUGCCUUCCCAUCUCUGAUGACUCGCUCCUGCAAGCACCGGGGCCUUAUCUACUUGAGAGUCACGGAAAGCAGCAAGCGAGGGAACGACCCACUGGACUCUUGGCCAUUGGCAUCGCUCAUGAGCACGAGCUGAUCAUCGAGUGCGUUGAGCCCGGCAGCUUUCUCUUCCAGGUGCUACGCAAGCAUAACUUGCAGCGCAUCCUGUUUCUGCGAGAUGACCUGGGCAGGGUCUAUGGCGCCGACUUCAGGCUUUGGCGGUCCUUGAGGCUUCUCACACUACCAUGGAUUGUCAGCGGAUGGCACACCUUGGUCGGCAGAGGACCACCUACCCAUGACACAGAUGGAGCAAGGCUCGGCCUGGGCGAUCCCAUCAUUUGGGCUACACUUCAGAGUCUGGUUCGGCAGUGUGGGCUCAUGGCUGCUGGCCCGGUCUGGGUGUUCUCACCCAAGCAAGCGAACACUCUGCUGCGCACCUCCAUUCCACAAGGGCUCGAGGCAAGGGUCAUCCAGGGCCCUGCACAGGUCAUUUGCAUAUUCCCGGCUGACGAGCACUGGGCUUUACUUCAUGGAGUCAUUCAAAAUGGCAGCAUUCAAUGGACUUACUUCGAUGGACUUCGUGAUCGGCUUUUGGAUGUCGCUGUUCGGCUUUCUCAGCAGCUUGCCAUUUUGCUCGGUGCAUCAGUCACAAGCUUCGCUUCGACCACGCAUUACACCCAGCAGGCGGAGCACACAUGCGGCACCAUUGCUUUGCUCCAUGCUUGCCUUGUCUUGGGCUUUCCAGGUGGAUUUACUGAGGACAACAAUCGGAUCCAUGGACACCUUCUUUUACAUGAUCGGAAGGCGGACUUCACUGGCUAUGGGCCACUUGGGCGGGCAGACACCCUUUCAGAGCUUGCCAGCCUUCUAAGCGAGCAUGGAGUCCCUGCUGAACAUUCGAGGGAUCGAGCAACUUUGGUGCUUGAGAAACUUGGGACAUCCUUGGUCCAGUCAGUGCUCAGAUCCAAGAUGCCAUGGGCCGCACUCAAAGCUGAAGCCAGCAAGCCUUCGUUCCGUCUUAGGCUGGUUACACCUCUGGAACUCUCUCGGCAUUUACAAGACAAGGAAAAGACCACGUUCGGGGCCUCAGCUUCUAGCAAAAAACAGCGAGGCAACAAGGAAAAGCGGCUGUCCACCAAGCCUAUCAAGGUGGACCCUCAGGCAUUGGAGCUUUUCCCAGACACCUUUGUUGACGAGGACGGGAAUCGAGUUAGUGCCAUUGACUUCCAAGAGGUUGCUGCCGACCAAAGUGGGAUCGCUCUUUGCAACGCAGAGGGGGCAGCUCCAUUCUUCUCUUCCAGCAGUCUUAGCUCGGAGGCACUGGCCUUGGCUCUCAUUGACCUGCCAGAGGAAGACAUCGUUGCGACAGCGAAGAUUCAGAAAUGCAUGAUCCCUGCCAAGUACAAAGCUACCGAGGAACCCGUUGUCUUUUUCGGCGGCCUCCUUCAACUUGGCGACGUCGCUGUCAAACGGAAAGCCUCUCAGAGCAUGCCUCAACCUGCAGUUGUUACUACCUCAGUCCUUAAGAUCCAAGCUUAUCGUGAUCUUCUUGGCACCUCCUGGGAGGCCGUAUCCAAAGCCCCCAUCCGAGAGCUGGCAGAGGCCACACCGGCCCUGCAACUCUGCAAGGAUAGCAAGUGCACUGGGAAGACAACCGACUGUCAAAAGGCACAUCCAGCUGUUGAUGAACAGUAUGAUGGGGUUAUCCUUGACCUCUGGAGCCGUCUCUUCACCACCAUGGAAGGCAAGAAGACGGAAGCCCAGGAGGCCGACUGCUUCUCAGUUUUGCUCCGGGUUCCCUCCUCGAUGGUGUCACAGAUCUUGCAACAACAGCCGGUCGGCUUCUUCUUCGAGCCGAGAUGUCAAACCACCAAGGGCCCGGACCCAAGGUACAAAGUGAUUUGGCUUCCUGGACUCGAUCAUCUCGCUGCCUCACAUCAAGCAAAGACCUGCUCCAAAACCGUUUGUCUCAUGCGCAUCAAGCAGCGCUUCGGGGUUCGAGUCCUGGCCAAAGACGAAGAGACAGCAUUCAAGGCAUUGCGACCCGGGGUACCCUACAUGGACGUCGAGGUCAAACAAAUCUACAAUCUCAUGCCGCUCCCACACGGCACUCAGAAGUCAGCAGUCAGCGCACUCUUGAAAGAGUGGAACUGGGCAGCUAAGCCACUACAGCCUGGGAAGGGGAAUGCCGAUUACAUGGCAUGGACAGUGGGUGCAGCUACGCCUCCUCCACAGCCUAUUAUGCCAGGGUUCAAGCUUGACAUCCUCAUCACCGAGGUCUUCAAACGAGCAUCCACCACCACCAAGCCGACGGUCAUGGCAACCCGCAAAACUGAGCAGCACAUUCGCAGCGCUGCAGCGGGACCUCCAGCCUCCAAUGAUCCAUGGCAUAACGGCCAGAGCAAAGACCCUUGGGCCAACUUUCGGUCCUCACAGCCAGCCAGCUCCACCGCAGCGCCUGCUGCACCAGCACGCAGGUAUGAUGACCUAGCAAAAGAGAUCAGGCAGGACAUCCAGCACGAUCUAGAUUCCAAGCUGAAGCAAAUCGGCACUGCCAAUCCAGACACCGACCAGCGCCUACUACAACUUGAGAGUGGACUGGCCGAAAUCCAAGCGCAAAACAAGCAAUUCACUCAGUGGUUCGGCGAUGUUCACCACACCUGCCACAGCACACAGGCCUCCAUCAGCGAGCUUCAACAACAGGCAGUACACCAACAGCAAGAGCUCCAAAGAUUGGGACAAGAAGUCCAAAAUGGGCAGGCCAAAUUCCAGCAGUUAGUCCAGACAGCAGUGCACGAGGUCAAGAGUGAUUUCGCCAAAGAGAUGAAUGGCCGCUUUGACACGUUGGAGGCCAUGAUGGCCAAGAAGGCCAAACACGAGGCUUGA